CAGCUUUGCAAAAGCGCGUUAAGUUUGGCAUGAUCAUGAAGUUCUGCAAUCGUUAAAAAUGAAAUUUUUAAAUCUGUUUGGGCGAAUUAAAUCUGUCGUAAUAGGCAUGGUUCACGUUAAAGCCUUACCAGGAACUCCUCUGAGCAGAUUAAGUGUUUCCGAGGUAAUUGAAGAAGCGUGUCAAGAAGCAGAGAUCUACAGGAAUGCAGGAAUUGAUGGUCUUAUCAUCGAGAAUAUGCACGACCUCCCCUAUACCUUCGACGUCGGUCCAGAGGUGUGCGCCUGCAUGACAGCCGUGUGCACCGCAGUGAGACGCACCUGUCCGUCUCUGCCCCUGGGGGUCCAGAUUCUUUCUGCGGCAAACCAGCAGGCCUUGGCGGUCGGACACGCUUCAGGUCUCGAUUUCAUUCGUGCCGAAGGGUAUGUCUUCUCACACGUGGCCGACGAGGGCCUCCUCAACGCAUGUGCUGGGGAGCUGUUGAGGUACCGCAAGCGCAUAGGGGCUGAGCACGUUCAGAUCUUCACAGAUAUCAAGAAGAAGCACAGCUCUCAUGCCCUUACUGCCGAUGUGAGCGUGGAGGAAACAGCCAGGGCAGCAGAGUUCUUCCUAUCUGAUGGGGUCAUCCUAACAGGAACAGCUACAGGAGUUCAGGCCAGUCCCCAUGAACUUCGUGAGAUUCUGCAGGCUGUAAGACUGCCAGUUUUGAUUGGCUCUGGAGUGACACGUGAAAAUGUGGAGGAGUACCUGGAUGCGAGUGCAAUGAUCAUUGGCUCCCAUUUCAAGAAAGGAGGUUACUGGGCCAACGCUUUAGAUCCAGAAAGAGUGAAGAGAUUCAUGGGGAAGGUCUGUGAGCUCAGAAAGUGAAAGCCCAGAAGAGCAAGAACAUGCUUCACAGAAUAUAAUUAAUAAAGCAAAGUUAAAUUAAAUAAAGUUUGUGU